AUGGCAGGCAAGAUCAUCUCUCAAGACGGCUCGCCUUUCGACCUCGAGACAUUCCGCAAGACAGUAGAGAUCAACCUGAUCGGAACGUUCAACGUCUCCCGCCUCACUGCAGCACGUCUCGUUCGAGACCUAGCCAAACCGAUCCCCAAACCGACCGAGUCGACGGAAGACCUAGGUGUGAUCAUCAACACCGCUUCCGCUGCAGCGCUCGAAGGCCAGGCAGGUCAGUGCAGCUACUCGGCAAGCAAAGGUGGUGUGCUGGCGCUGAGUCUACCGAUGGCGAGGGAUCUGGCGUGGUUCGGCGUCAGGGUCAUGACGUUGGUCCCGACCUUGUUCGAGACGCCCAUGAUGAUGGGAUUGCCGGAUAGGGCGAGGGCGAAGAUUCUGAGCCAGUGCGAGUACCCGGCUAGGUUCGGUAAGCCAGAGGAGUUUGCGUUGAGUGUACAGGGGGUUAUUGAGAAUCCCAUGUUGAACGGCUCGUACAUUCGUCUCGAUGGUGCUUCCAGACUCGGCAAGCUUUGA